UGCCUUUUCUCCACGCGUUUGAUGGUCCCGGACGCCCUGCGCCAGUGGCUUGACACAAACUACCCCGCCCCACGCGUCGACGAGGAGUGGCUCGAGGGCUGUUAUGACUGGGUCACGUCUACCCACGGGCUAACUCCCGAACAACACCUCCCCGCGAUAAUAGACCAUGUCCAGUCGCAGCUGCUCCAAUCGGACCUCACCGACUCCAUGGCCCAUGGCACGGGAAUUCCCCUGCCACUGCUAACCGCAGCGAAAGGCGUGCUGAAAGGCCCGGUGCUUGUGGAGAUCAUCGCCAUAACGGAGGUCGGCGCGAGUGCGAUCAACUUGGACGCAGUCCGGGUUGUGAGGGAGGAGCGAAUGGGAAAUGGCGAAGGAGAAGCCCAAGCAGACGGUGAGGAGGCGGACUUAGACGUCGUCGAUGAGGGCCCCGUGCCGAACUACCCGAGGAGUAUGCUUCGAUUUCAGCUCAGCGAUGGCGCUUCCACAAUCGGCGCAUUCGAGUACCGCCCCAUCCCAGAACUAACUCUGGGCGUAACUCCCCUGGGCUACAAACUUGUCCUCAAAGAGGUCAUGGUCCGCAACGGCAUGGCGUUUCUCGAGCCCAAAUGCAUCGAAAUCAAAGGUCAUCGCACAGAAGACCGGGAAGUAAUGCAAAAGUCAGACUUUGCACGCGGACUACGACAACGAUUAGGACGACCAGAACCGCCGCCUCCACCACCAGUUCAAGCGCGUUCCCCCCUCCGCGAAAUAUCACCGCCUCCAUCACCUCCCAAUCCUGUUGUCGAACAUGCGGAUGACGAAGACCAACCUCGUCGCCGCAAAGUUCCAGCCCCGCCAUCCUCCGAUUCCCCUGUCACAUCCAACUACUUCUCGUCAUCUUCUGCCCCUGUCCAACCCACAGGCCUCAGCCUACCCUCCACACGGACAAGUGGGCCUAUCGAAAUAGACAGCGAUUCCGAAAACGACGCACCUCAACCACGUAUACCACCUGGCCUUGAGCAACGGCCUGUCGUCCCACUCAAAUCAUCCUCCCAAAGUAAACGCGAUUCGCCAGAGUUUGACUGCUCAGACGUGGAAUUCAACGAGGAGGCUCUAGAGGAGCUGCAAAAGUUGGAAGACCAGGCGAUGGGAAGGGAUGUCAUCACCAUUGAUGACGACGACGAAGAAAUGCAAGAAGACAAGGAGAAUGUGCCUGCGCCUCAGCGGCAUGUCCGCCGCAAGGUCUUUGGAGAUGUUAUUGAUAUAUCGGACUCUGACUGA